UUGAGCUGCGCUUCAAUGGCUGUCAAUAAACAAUUAUCAUCUCAUGAUGCCAUGGAGUUGGAUAAGGACUGCUCAAUUGUGCUUGAACUAUCUGGAAGUGACCUCCUUUUUGAUAAAAAGAAGAAAUUGCUACAAGAUAUGGGAUUUAGUACCAAGGAAGAAAUACUUGUUAAAAGGUCUUCAGAUCCUAAUUGGAUCAGUACCUCCUUGAAAGUAAUGCUUCAGAUUGAAAGAAUCAUAAACUCAGAUGAGACAGAGCUUUAUUUUGCUGGAGAUGAACCAAUGGAUAUGUAUGGCCCCAGAAAUGAGCUAGAGGCUCUCAAUUCAAUCCUUCAGCUUGUUGAAAGCUCACUCUCUAGUGCUUGUCUAAUGCAAAAGAAUGUCCUGCAAGAAUUCCGCGAUGCUAUUGUUGAUAUGAUGAGUCAGUCUGGGAACAAGAACAUUUUGGAGACUAAAAUUGUAGAAGGCUACAACUCUGAUAAAGAAAGGAAAUUGUUACAAUGGGGUGAAAACAAUGGUGUUAAGACAAGGUUGGAGAUAGCUUAUGUCGAAGGGGCUGGCAGAGGAGCCAUAGCUACAGAGGAUCUGAAAGUUGGAGAUACUGCUUUGGAGAUCCCGACAUCUUUAAUAAUUGUUGAGGAGCUUGUGCAAGCUGAUAUGUAUCAUGCAUUACAGAAGUUUGAAGGCAUUUCCUCUGAGACGAUGUUGUUGUUGUGGAGCAUGAAGGAGAGGCACAAUGGUGAUUCACAAUUCAAGAUCUACUUUGAUACACUGCCAGAAGAAUUUCAUACUGGGUUGAGUUUUGGAAUUGAUGCGAUGAUGGUUUUGGAUGGAACCUUGCUGUUGGAUGAGAUUAUGGCAGCCAAAGAGCAUUUGCGUGCUCAAUAUGAUGAUCUCUUCCCUGCACUGUGCGAAGAUCAUCCUGAUAUCUUUCCACCAGAGCUUUACACAUGGGAGCAGUUCUUGUGGGCAUGUGAACUGUGGUACUCAAAUAGCAUGAAAAUCAAGUUCCCUGAUGGAAAGCUGAGGACAUGCUUGAUUCCCAUUGCUGGCUUCUUGAACCAUUCGCUAGACCCCCAUGUAGUGCACUAUGGCAGAGUAGAUUCUGCAACAAAUACCUUGAAAUUCCGUCUAUCAAGACCAUGCAAUGCAGGGCAAGAAUGCUGUCUUAGUUACGGAAACUUCUCUAGUUCUCAUCUAAUUACCUUCUAUGGCUUUGUACCUCAAGGUGACAACCUAUAUGAUGUCAUUCCUCUAGAUAUUGAUGCUGCCCAAGAUGAUUUUACUGAAGGGAGCUCCAUAUCGAACUGGACCACUCACAUGGUGCGGGCUACUUGGUUAUCACAUAACUGCAAUAUUUUCUAUUACGGCCUGCCUUCACCAUUCUUGGACUGCCUAAGGAGAGCUCGGAGCCCCAUGCCUCAUACUAAGGACUUACUACCGGAAAAUUUGAAGAAUGAAAUUGAAAUUCUUGAAGAUCUUCGCCACAUCUGUGAUGACAUGAUGGAUAAUCUUGGUGAUGCAGACCUUGAUGACAGAAAAAACACUAAUUGGGAUGUAAAGCUGGCAAUCAAGUUCAAAGAUAUACAAAGAAGUAUUGUCUCUUCAGUUUUAACUUCAUGUUAUUGUGGCCUGAAACUGGUGAAAGAUGAAUUGUCUAAAUGCCUGGCUGAGGACACUCCUGGCUCAAAGCAGAUAUAAGUUUACAAAUAAGAAAGCUUUUUAGUGUACAACUUUGAUAGGGCACAAUUCUGUUUUAGUAGAGAAUAUACCAACCAAACUAGUGAUCAAAUUUAGGCCACAAGGUCAAUGAUCUGUCAAUAUGAGCUGACAAAUCGACAGAAUUUUGUUUGUCCUCAUUGUAUGACAUGAGCUGCUUGAGCAUAGAAUAUUACUUUGGUAAAGCAA